AUGAGCAAGCACAGUGUACUCACCCACAGCUAUAGCAGCAUUUCGACAAUGGAGAGGACACUUCAGCCAGUUGAAAAACGGGGAAACAACACGGAACCCCCAGCCAGUAAAGUGAUGAUCCGCCACGUCUACCUGCCCCUAUGGGUGUGUGGGGAUAGGACAAAAACCGAAGAGUGGACGUUAAACCUUGCACCAGGCAUUAAACCAAACAAAUCAACCAACAUGAAACUUGCUACAUGGAACGUGAGAACCAUGUGCACUGGGCUCAACACCGAUCUUGACAAAAUAGAAGACCUCAGGAAGACAGCAGUUAUCGAUAGAGAACUAGCAAGACUAAAUGUGGACAUAGCAGCACUGCAGGAAACUAGACUAGCAGACUCAGGAUCUGUGACGGAACGAGAUUAUACCUUUUAUUGGCAGGGCUUGAGCGCAGAAGAGCGGCGACUACAUGGACACACCUCAGGGAACAUCAGAGCGUCUCAUCUCCUGAAAUUGACAACUAAAAGCGGGACAGCUCACAUCAUCAGUGCCUAUGCUCCCACCCUGGAUGCGGCUGACGAUAGGAAAGAUGCUUUUUAUGAAGACCUACAAAAAUUAAUUGAAAGUAUUCCUAAAAAAGAUCAGAUUUACCUACUUGGGGACUUCAAUGCAAGAGUAGGACCUGAUAACCAAGCCUGGCCAUUAUGUUUGGGACAGUUUGGAUAUGGUAAAGUAAAUGAAAACGGUCAGAGAUUGUUAGAAUUCUGCACCUACAACAACCUGUGCAUCACCAACACCUACAACGGAAAAGACCGCCACAAGGUGUCCUGGCGUCACCCUGCAUCUGGCCACUGGCACCAAAGAGAUUUUGCAAUUGUGAGAAGAAAGCACAUCAAUACAGUCACAUCAACAAGAUCCCACCAUAGUGCAGACUGCAAUACCGACCACCUGCUAGUUAUGGCAAAAGCAAAGAUCACCACCAAGAGAAUGCACAGAGCAAAGCCACCAAAGCUAUCCAAAAUAAAUGCAAGAAACACAAGGAAUCCAGAGAUGAAGCAAGUAUUCCAGUCAAAGUUUGAGGAACAGUCUCCUAAUCUAGAUGAGGAAGAUGUGGAUAAGCUUAAAGACAUCCAUCUAUGA